CGUAAAGUUGUUUUUGGCGACUUGCUUCCCAAGCACACGCACUUUCGCACUCCAAGCAAACCAUUUACACACCCCCUACGAAACGAGAGCCAAACCACAAGACGCCGAAGGUCGAAUUUACAUUACUUUUUCAUAUUGAGACUCUCACCACGCGUUUCGACGGCUGUCUCCAGCCAACAAUGUUGUUCCCGGAGGAAGAUGCGCCGUUGCUAAAGACUUGGAUCGUAAAGCGCAUAGAAAACACGUCGGACGCAGACUCGGAUGUCCUUGCAGACUAUGUCAUUGCUCUGCUGAAGCACGACGGCGAUAGGGACGCGGUGCGCAAGCUCUGCGAAGCUGAGAUUCCCGACUUUCUGACAGAAGAGCCAAAGGCGUUUCUGGACGAUGUCUUCCAAGCAAUUACAUACAGAUCGUACGCUCCCGGGGCACCACCUGCCCCAAAACUGACGAGCACAACCGAAGCGAAGCACGAACAACAACAACAACCGAAUACCGAUGCUACUGCUUAUAACCCGAGAAAAAGAGGAAUAGAUGAGACUGAAGGAUCGCAGUUCAACAACUUUAAUCCUAGCUUCGAUGGAGAGCGCGCUGUAAAGCAACCUCGACGAGGUGGGCGCAACGGUAGACAGCAAGGGUUUGGCCCUGGUAUGCCUCAGUUUGAUGCCAGCAACCCCAUAGAAGCGUUUAUGCAGAUGCAGCAGGCCAUGGCUAUGCAGUUUCCGGGUAUGGCCGAGCAGAUGCGCAUGGGUUUCGGCCGCGGAGCACCAAAGCAGCGGCGCCGUGGUCGAUGCCGUGACUUUGACGUCAAGGGCUACUGCUCACGGGGAAAUACGUGCAUGUUUGAUCAUGGAAAUGAAUCCGAAUCGCUCGAUUAUGACGAAAACUACGACCCGAGAGAAGCUAUGAUGCAAAUGGCAGCCAUGUUCAACCCUAUGGGAAACCAACGGCCAAACGACAACCCCCGCGGCGGGCGCAACAAGAGAGGACGCGGAGGUAGAAAAGGCGGCGGUAGAGCAGAAUUUUCAGCGGAAGGUCCUGUGCACGAUCGAUCCAAGACGGUCAUUGUGAUUGAAAACAUCCCAGAAGAACACUUUACAGAGGAAGCAGUCCAAAACUUCUUCCAGCAGUUUGGAGCAGUCACCAAUGUUGAUAUGCGGCCGUAUAAGCGCCUUGCUGUUGUCAAAUUUGAUACAUGGGAUGCCGCAAAUGCAGCCUACCACUCACCAAAGGUCAUCUUUGAUAACAGAUUUGUUAAGGUCUUCUGGUACAAGGAGCCAGGAGAGCGAGUGACACGUAAUGAUGGCAACGGCGGGCCAUCGAAUGGUGACGAUGUUGAAAUGCAGACCCAGCUUGAUCCUGAAGAGUUUCAACGCCGACAAGACGAAGCGCAGAAGCUGCACAACGAACGAGAAGCCAAGCGACUAGAACUUGAGCAACAGAAGCAGGAACUGGAAAAGAAGCAGCAAGAAUUACUACUGAAGCACCGCGAAGAAAACGAAAAGCUACGUGCAAAGCUGAUGCCAAAGGAUACAGAGUCUAGCGAAGCAGGCGCCUCAGAAGGUACCGAGAUGCUGCGCGCCAAGCUUGCCGAGUUGGAGCAAGAGGCCAAGUUCCUGGGCAUUGAUCCCGACGCUAGCCAAGACUCCAGUGAGUAUCCUCCUCGAGGCGGGUAUCGCGGACGUGGUCGUGGAAUGCGAGGCCGUGGCCGAGGUGGUGCUCCCAGAGGCGCACGAGGCUCGUUUCGCGGCACAGCAAGACACGCCACAUAUGCCCAGUAUUCUCUUGACAACCGGCCCAAGACGGUCGCCCUUACUGGCGUCGACUUUACGGCACCUGAAAAGGACGAGGCCCUGCGUCAUUUGCUUUUGAAUACAUGCGAAUUCAUGUCCAUUGACACGAGCGCCGAAACCACAAACGUCAACUUUACAGACCGGAAAACAGCCGAAAAGUUCUACUACACCGUUCACGGCAACGAGCUGCCCGGUAUCGAGGGCAAGAUUGAGGCUGCUUGGGUGAAUGGGUCGAGUAUCCCUGCUCCAGCUUCUGUCGAUAAAGCUGACCAAGCUGAUCUUGGCGAUGCGACGGCUUCCCUAUCAAGGGACUAUGAUGGCCAGGAUGAUAAUAGAGAAGACAACAGAGAUGAUCAUGGAGCAGGAGAUGAUAGAGUGGUUGAUAUGGACUAUGAGAUGCCGGGCGAUGAGCACUGGUGAUAGUAAAACUAUUUGUACAUUACAUCAACAACAUAUAAGUUAUACAUUAGGCACAUAUUAUAAUGUAACGGUAAUACUUGAUCUUACGUUUACAUGGUUCGUAACAUUGGAUUCACAGUUGGUAGCGAGAUGAGCAAAGGGUAUUAGAC